AUGCACGGUGACUAUGUUAAUCCCCCUUCUCUAGCCAUCUGCGACACCAACGACAUCGGUGAAAGCAACAACCCAUUCGGCUAUCCCCUCCAGUCUCAUCCAUCUCAGUUCAUCAAGAUGACUCGUUCUCACAAGUUCAACGACAAGGACCACUCGGGCCUGGCCGACGGCACCGGGGAGCAUAUCCCGAAGUUCUUCGCCAAGCAUGGCUUCCCCGAUGCUGACCCAAAGAAGACCAAGAAGAACGGUGCCGGCAAGGCCAAUUGGGGCAACGCCGGUGACGAGGCGAUCGACCAGGACUUCAACUUCGCCAACCCCCGUCGCCGCUCCAACAGCAGCACCCUGUCGACCAACUUAGACAACCUCAAGACCAAGUUCGAGAUCAAUGAGCCCGAGCCCGUCUUCGAGGAGAGCAUGGGUCCCGAGGACGAGGAAGACAAGAUGGAGAGCUCGUCGAGCGCAACUAGUGUCGACGAGGGCAAGGCCCCCCACAAGGACCUGUGA